GUCUCCCCCCCGCCCCCGGUGAGCCCCUGCGGUGCCUGUGUCUCUUUCUGAAACGGCCUCCGGUUUCAUUGCCCCGGGAGCCGCCCCCGGAUCCAGGACUGGAGCAGGUGUUUGGCUGAGACACACCCACGUUCCCCUGCCUGGGGUGACCCCAGUUGGCUUGUGGAGGGAGGUGUCCCUGGCUCAAUCCUCUCACCCUUGGGACUCCAUAACUCAUUAUGUUUAGAGACACCCCCUUCUCCCCCCUGCGGCUUUUGGAGGCCUCUGGUGAAAUGCUGCCUUCAGCCCAGCUCUGCAAACUCCUCUUAGCACCUCUGUUUCAAAGCCCUGCCCGGGACCUCACAGCCAGAGGGAGGGGAAGUACUGAACAGUGCUGAGUUCUUUGUUCACCCCUGGCCAGUGCCUCAUGGUUGGGCCCGUUGGCUGCUGGUGCUAUGGGGCAGAGGCUGAUCCCCCAAAAAAGAGCAGCUCGCCUUCUCCUUACCCUUCAGAGCAUUGUUCCACCCAUGGCAAGGCGCAUGGUGUGGGAUUCUGUGGCUUUGUGCCUUGCAUCAUUGCAGAAAAACCUGCCUGGACGGUUCUCUCUCUCCCCGUGGUCCAAAAUCUCGGCCUGUUCUCACUUCCCUCCCAUGUGCAGGACUUUCCAGUCGCUCUCUGGGAGCAGACUCACAGUAUUGAUGGUGUGGUGGGAGGCGAGACACGCUACAGACUUUACAGGAACUGAUUUUAAAAACUGGCCUGACUCAGGGCUGUCACUCCAGGUUUUAAUAAUGGGGCUUCUAGUAUGACAGGAAACCAGAUAUUUUGGCUGUCUUCAAAGCCCAUGUGUCCCCGGGGAAACCUCCAGGAAGUCAAAUGGCAAUUGUUCUAUCCGACCGGGUGGAGCUGUGACUAAGUGAGUCAGUGACAUGUGUUGAAUGCUCUGGUGACUUCCCUGAGAGCAGAGGGGAGGAUUGGAGAACUGGUGACGGGGGUAAUGAUUGCCUCUUCCUUUGCAGGGCGGAUUUGCGAGAUGCUAUGAAAUGACAGACGUCAACAGCAACAAAACCUAUGCAGUGAAAGUGAUUCCUCACAGCCGAGUGGCUAAGCCACACCAACGGGAGAAGAUUAUGAAUGAGAUCGAGCUGCACAGAGGCCUGCAUCACAAGCACAUUGUCAAGUUCUCGCAUUACUUUGAGGAUUCGGAGAACAUCUACAUCUUCCUGGAACACUGCAGCAGGAAAUCCCUGGCUCACAUCUGGAAAGCCCGGCACACGCUGCUGGAGCCAGAGGUGCGGUAUUACCUCAAACAGAUCAUAUCAGCCUUGAAGUACCUCCAUCUCAAAGGCAUCCUCCACCGGGACCUCAAACUGGGCAACUUUUUUGUCAAUGACAACAUGGAACUGAAAGUUGGAGACUUCGGCCUUGCCACCCGGCGUGAGUCUAUGGACCAGAAGAAAAAGACGAUAUGUGGCACCCCCAACUACCUCGCUCCUGAAGUGCUCCACCGGCAGGGCCACGGGCCAGAGUCGGACGUGUGGUCUCUGGGCUGUGUCGUGUAUACCUUGUUGUGCGGGAACCCUCCCUUUGAGACCUCGGACCUCAAGGAGACGUACAGGUGUAUCAAGCAGGUGGAAUACACCCUCCCGGCCUUCCUCUCCACGCCAGCGAAGCAGCUGAUCACAGGCAUCUUGAAACGCAACCCGUCUGACCGCCUCACGCUGGAGGAGAUCCUGGACCAUGAAUUCUUCACCAAAGGCUACACACCUGAUAAGCUCCCACCCAGCAGCUGUGUGAUGGUGCCUGAGCUCAAUCCUCCCAACCCGGCAAAGACUCUAUUUGCAAAAGUCACCAAGACGCUGUUUGGGAAAAAGAAACCCCAAAUUAAGAAGGGCCACUCUGAAGAGAAGGAUGACAUCUCCAAGUUGGUGGUUGGCCUCAUGAAGACCUCUAUCUGCAGGCAGAUGAGCUACAAAACCAUGGAAGGGAAUGAGGUGACUCCCGUGACAUGUCUGAGCGCCAGCUGCAACCCCGUGGAGACGCUGGCAGAAGAGGGCUCGCGGAAGUCCGUCUCCAGGUCCAUUAGGGGGACAGCAGCCAGCAGCUGUGAAGCAUUUGAAGAGUGCAUCACCGCCUCUGCAGUCACCGACUCUGCCAUCGGGCUUCUGAAGAGCUGCCUGUCUGCCAUGCCACCAGCCCAGCGGAACCCUGCCUCUCUGGCUUGCCACGAGCACUUCGCCUGGGUGAGCAAGUGGGUGGACUACUCUAACAAAUACGGCUUCGGCUACCAGCUGUCCAACCACCGCAUCGGGGUCCUCUUCAACGACGGGACGCACAUGGCUCUGUCGGCCGAUCGGAAGAUGGUACAUUACAACCUGACCAACAGCAAACACUUCGCCUUUCCCAUGUCGGCCAUCCCAGAGCAGCUGCGGAGCCAGACCGGCGUCCUGCGGUACUUCGCCUCCUACAUGGAGCAGCAUCUCAUGAAGGGGGGAGACCUGCCCAGCAUCGACGAGAUCGAGCAGCCUGCGCUGCUGCUCUUGCAGUGGGUGAAAACUGACCAGGCCUUGCUGAUGCUCUUCAGCAACGGAACGCUCCAGGUGAACUUCUACAAUGAUCACACCAAGGUGAUCCUCAGCAAGCCAGACCAUUCCUGUCUCCUGACCUACGUCACCAAGGACCGCAACUCCUACACCUACAAGCUGAGCAGCAUCCAGGAGCUGGGCUGCUCUCCAGAGCUCCAGUACCGGCUCAAGUACGUCCUCAAGCUCCUCCAGGAGAGGGCCGACACCUAAGCUGAGGCCAUGGGAGAGGCCUCCUUGGAUUCGAAAGCCUUCCCCUGUCGUGUCAAUGGAAUGAGUGACCGCGCUGGCUGCCCACCAGAACUUUCCUGCCGGGCGGAAGGAACUUAGAUAGGGGCAUCUGGAUAUUUUGGCUUAUCAGCAGCUGGCCUCAGCAUCGUUCAUCUUGGGAUGCCUGCCAGCUGUUUAUACUGAAAUCAUUGCCCUGGCGUCUGUGAGCUGACUGCUUCAAUCCAUGGAGGAGAAGGGGAGGUGUGUGUGUGUGUGGGGGGGUGAAGGUACACAUCCAGUUUACUCCUGUGUAAUCUUUACACAGCUUAAGUCGUACACGUGGUUGGGAAGGGGAAUCUCCGGGGGACAGCUCUUCCUUCUCCUCCUGUGCAGAGCAAGCUGAGGAGAGAAGGAACAAACCUGACUUUUAAGGAGGAGAGAAAUCUUUGGCCAUUGUCUAAAUGUUAAGAGCCCCAUGCCUGUCUGGCCUCAGAGCUGGGGGGGGGAGAGCUGAGAACCCUGCUCCAUCUGGGCUUGGUUAGAACCUCCCUGCUCCCGCCCUGCCUGGCCAUGUGGGGGAGGCUCCUAGUGAAACCUGCCCAGCCUGUGGGUGGCUGGGGUGAAGUGGAAGCUGCUUAGGCCGAGCUGCUACCCUUAGGGACUCUUCUGCAAGGGCGUCGUCCAUGUCCCUGUCUGGCUCUCGGGGUGGGCAUGGGAUCUUGGCUAAAGCGAGCCUCUUGCCUAGAGGCCUGAGAGCUGGAUGGGGGCUGGGGCCCCCCAGCAGGGGUGGGAGAGCCUGCUGUGCUGUGGGGCAGACCAGCCUACCAGGAAAUACUUUAUUCAACUUGAAAAAAGCUGAGCGUAAUGCUCAAGGUGCAGCCAGAGCCUGAUGGCUCUGGCGCGGGGGGGAAUGAUGAUGCCUGUGCUCGCUCUGAGGGAGGCCGUGGGGUGUUGCCAUCUUACCACUGCCAAGAGCUCUAAGGCAGAGCCUUUGUCAGCCCAGGCUGGCCCCCCUUCUGGCCAUGUGUGGGGAACAGGAGCCCUGCAGAAUUGUUACACUAAUGAGGGGGCGGGGUCCUCGGUGCGGGCGCAUCCCCUGCUUGUCUUGCAGCGUGCGCCAGGGAAUGUGAAUGGCCACGGUACAGACACAAAAUGCUUUAAGGGACCCCACGAGCCCUCGGCCAGCUGGGCCCUAAACAGGGUUGAUUUUUUUUUUUUUUCUUGUUUCCAAACACCGGUGCUUUGGCCUGAUGAAAUUAUUUAUGUAUUUGUAUUUAUAGUGAAUUAUUUAUUUCACCCCUUCCUUGGUCUCCUGUCUGUGCAGGGCCCCGUUUGCUCUGUCCCUCGCUCAGUAAUAAAAGUGUUCCUUUUAUAAAA